AUGGAGACCCCCAGCGAUACUUCAAAAAUCCUUGAGAAAGGUCCGGAGUACCUUCGCAAGCAAAUGGAACUGGAGAGUGAGGUAAAGGGACCCAUGAGUGCGGUGGAGAGACUUGCUGCUAGCAAGCCAAAGUAUGUGAAAAGCCAACAGGUGGUCAACACCACUCAGGAACCGCUGAUCAGCCUCGGUUCCACCUCGAGCACCGUGUCCUCGAACCGGAGCUCGGCACGUCUUCGGGAGUCUCAACAGAGCAGUUCCCCGGUUGAGGUUCGUCGCUCCAGCUCCAAGAAACGACCUGACUCCAUCCUGCUUUACAGGCAGAAGUGUGAGUUACUAAGAGCGCCCGGGAAGGACCGCAAACAUCACAUCACGCGGAAACUGCUUCGAAGCUCCGCGAGUAGAACGAGGACCUUACCUGAGAAGGAAUGCGAGGACAGCCAGGAAGAACUUGAGGAGUGCUCUAGGACCCCGACGCCUGAGAGAAGACGGAAUGUCACCACUAACAACUUGGAUAGUGGUCCAAAAGAAGCAUCCGCUAAUCUACUGAUGGUUCCUGUCAGGAGGGGCAAAACAGUGGGUCGAUCCCGCUCGGACAUCAGCUCCAGGUACUCCAAGAACUUUGCAGACUUUGACGCCUUCUUCAAGUACUGCGGACUGGAUGGAGAGGUCAUCGAGUCUCUGGGGAAGGAGAAUUUCUCGGCCCGUUCGGAUGAGACUGUGAUGAAACUACGGAGCAUUAGCGUGUCCACGUCGGACGGCGGAUUCUCCAGGGACAGCGACGAUAGCGAUGGGCUUCAAGAGGAGGUCCUGCACAAGAAGAUCCGCCAGGGAACGUCGGUUAUCGAGCGGAACGCGAGGAUUAUCAAAUGGUUGUACAGCUGCAAGAACGCGAAGGAGAGCGGGAAAAAGUUGAGAGACCUUGACUGA